AUGCCAGCCUCUGAAGGAGCGCUUGCUGAAGAGGGGUUAGACAUGGUGACGGUGGGUAAAUGUUUGGUUUUUGGAGAUAUCCGUGGAAGAUUAAUUGCUGAUUGUCCAAAUAGGAAGUUGAAUGACAACCGAAAUCCCAGCUGCACAAGUUUAUGUGAUCUGCCUGAAGCGGUUCUCCUGCACAUCCUAAGUUUUCUUCCAACGAACGAUGUCGUGAGAACGAGCGCCUUGUCCAAAAAGUGCGAACACUUAUGGGUUUCCGUUCUGAAGCUCAACUUCAAUGAAAAGGAAUUCUCCCAGAGGUUGCGCUUCAUCAACUUCGGGGAGAGAACGUUUUUGCUUCACGUUUGUCUGACGAAACUUAAGGCCUUAACUCUCAUGUGGGUUGAAUUCGCGGACGAGGAUUCGGUUGAAAAGCUACUUUCGGGUCCUUCCCUUGAGAAGCUGUCUCUUGACUACUGCAUAUGGUGGAAGCUGCAGGCUCUUCAUAUUUCAGCUCCGAAGCUUUUGAGCUUGUCCAUUGUUGAACUUGAAUUUUGUACGGAUUUCAGAUGCGAUUGCCGGGCUGCUAUCUCCGUGGAUCAUCCGUUCGAAGAGAAGUCGUACCAAUUCUCGUUCCAUGGAUACAAGCUCUUAAAAGAUGUUGCUAAUGUACAAAACUUGACUUUGUCUUAUGACGGCCUUCAGGAUUUGAACGAAAGAAAGAACUUCCUCAGCUCGUUACCCGUCUUUGCUAAUCUUAAGAAAUUGGAAUUGAACAUGUAUCGCGCAUGCUUGGAAUCUAGAGCACUUCAAACAAUUCUCAGCAAAUCUUCUUGUUUGGAGAGUCUUGAGUUCCUCUCGGGCCUGCUUGUGGAGUCCAGAACGGAUGAAGGGAUACCGGAUCCAGUGCCUCGGUGUUUCCUGUCGUCGCUCCGAGAGAUUACAAUUCGCGACUUUCAUGAGGAUGAUGAUCAACUUUUAGCUGUAUGA